AUGGAUAGCAAGACUGACGAGAUUCAUGUCAUAAUGGACAGCCUAAAGGACUCCGACCCAGACAUCACACACUCCGCCCUAAGCAUGCUUGUGCAGAAGUUAAGGUCAUCUACCUCAGUGGCAUCUACUAUUCCCAAAAUGCUUAUUUACCUAGUCUCGCAAAAGGACAUUCUCCACGAGAAACUGCUUACUCUGCAGGGAGAGAACAAGCUGCUGAUGGCAGAUGUGAUGUCUGUGAUAUCCGCAACACUCCCAAACACAGACAGCCUGAAGUACAGGAUACAGGGAGGGUCCACUCCUCUGGACAUUUGGGGGCACCAAUACAUAAAGAAGCUGGCAAGUGAUAUCAUCAAAGUAAUAAAGAAGGAGCUCCCACAGAGCACUGAAAAUUCGAAGUCAGCAGAUGCAUCUUCCCAAAUAGGAAAUAAUAACGACAUUUCUGCACUGGAGAGCGAGGAGAAUGAAGAAAUGGUGGCUACCAUCCAGGAUAGUCUCAGCACAAUUGACGGGAUCCUAGGCACUGACCCCCAUCCAUCCUCUGACAGCGAUGUCGUGGAUAAAGACGACCUUAGCGACAACAGAAAGGAGGACAGCGCAACCACGUCUCGUAUCCAUGCACAGGGAUACAACGUCGUGUACGAUGUCAUCUCCUGCCUCUUCAAGUUCAACUGCGAGUGCGAGUGCAUCGAUCUUCUCCUGGAGAUAGACAGGCUGCAGUACAUCCACCACUUCAUAGACAGCGACAACCUCGAGAGAGCAGUGAACUACCUAUUGUCUCUCUCGUUCUAUGUGAGAAGCAGCAGAAUACCAGACGCUCUGCAAGUGAUCCUCUUGAAAAGCAGCAAAAUCGAAGAGUAUGCAAUACUUAUGAUAAAGAACAGAAAAAUAAAAGAAUUACUGAAAGUAUACGCAACAAGAACAGAAAUAGAGAAAAUAAAAAUAGUCCACACUCUGGCAAAACACGAAGCAUGGAACUACGUCACAAAAGAAGAGUGGGACUCGUUUAUGAGCAGCAACACCGCAUACGCCGCAGUGCUUAACAACACGUACACAGCCGUGCUUAAUAAGUAUGUUAGUGAUAAGCUCGAGCUAAGCAAGGACAAGGUGUCAACAGAGGAGUACGGGUCAUUCUCUGAUGCUCUCUCAAAGGUCUCGUUCUCAAAUGAGACCAUAGCAGAGCCAGAGAACAAAAAAACGUACAAAAUCACGACACAGUGCUCCAAAGGCCUUCUGUUCAUGUGGGACCAGAACAAAGCCCUCAUUGAGCUAGAAGACAACUUAUUCUGCGAAGACGGAUAUCUACGCGUCUCGAGCAUCCUGGCUCUCUCUGCUGCCACGUGCAGAGUGUACGAUGACAACGACACAGUGCUGGCCGCAGUGGAGGAAGGGAUGAACACAAAGUCAGUCACGCAGAAGAUAGUUCUUAUGAUCUCUCUUGUGCUGAAGUAUGCGUCUUCCAACAGACCAGACAUAUUCGAAAUAAUCCAGAAAAUGCUGUACGAUGAGUCAAUAGAAGUGUGUCUGUUUGCAGUCUACGCGGCUGGAUGCAUAUUCAGCGGGUCUUGCAACACUGAAGUGUACACAGAGGUGCUUAAUGUUCUCGCCAGCAGAAUAGGCGAUGACUCAGACAAUGUGGUUACCAAUGGAAGCAUAAAUGGAAAUAUAUCAUCAAAUGGAAAUAACAUCGUGAGGUUUGCGCUGCUUGGUGUUUCUCUUAUCUUCCUGCAGGGCACAGACGCAGUGUACUCUGUCAUUGAGUCUGCAGAGGUGCUGGGAACAUACGCCACAGCCCUAUCCAUCCUUAUGCGCAGUAUGGCAUACCUUGGAACAGGCGACACUGAUGUAAUCCACGACAUUCUCAAGGAUGCCCUGGAUAUUUCCGAGAAUGCCAGCGAAGAAGCAGAAGCUACUGAAAAUGGAAAUAUCUACGACACUUUUGAUUAUAAAACAGUAUUUUCCAUUCUUGGUGUAGCUCUGAUAUCAAUGGGCGAUGACACAUCUGUCCAAAUGGCAGCGCACAUCCUUGAAGGCUCUUCGCUCCUAGACAUCCCAAGGGCACACAUGGCCAUUCCUCUCGCAUACUCUCUUCUGUAUAUGUCAUCCGGCCGCACGGACAUCAUAGAUAAACUGCGCAGAUGCAUAUGCAGCAGCGACUUAUCAGUCAUUGUCUCCGCUGUUGUGUCCCUUGGUACAAUCGCAGCAGGGAGCAACAACUCGCGAGUCAUAUCGAUACUUGACGACAUUUCGUCUGUCUGCGGCAAAGGCGCUUCUGGAAGUGUCAUCAAAAUAGCGUAUGGCCUUGUCAGAAUGGGGCACGGGCUCUUUGGCCUCUCUGUCAUGCGCGAUGGCGUCAUCAGCAGCAAGUCUGUGGCGUGUUUCAUGGGCUUCCUAUUCGGUGCAAUGGAUGGAGGCAUCAGUGUCCUGGACAGAUACUACUUCAUCCUUAUGCUCAUCAGCGCGAGCAUACAUCCUAAGUAUCUGAUUGGUGUAAAUGCAGAAGGCGUUCCUGUAGAUGUAAACAUCAGAGUGGGAGGAAGAGUAGAUAUAACAGGCGUAGCAGGGAGCCCUAGAAAGCUCUCGGGGGCCCAGGUGCAUGCAUCGCCCAUCAUACUGCAGCCGCAGGAAGCAGCUGAGAUACUGACAGAGACAGACAUGUUCAGAACAGGCGAGGGCGUGGUGGUUGUGCAAGAGAAGGAAAAAGAAAAAGAAAAAGAAGAUAGCAAAUAA